AUCUACUUUGUGUGCGGUUUUAAAGGUUUUUUUUAGGCUUUUAAAUGUUUUCCCCUCCGAUGUGGGUGGAACUAAAUGUGUGGUGUUGGAAACGCCUGUCCUUCGCAUUAAGGUCAUGAUUUCAUAAUUUAAGAUGUCAUAAUAGGAAUUCUUAAAUCAAUGACGUCUGAACGGAGUCAUAGUAUUGCACUAAAUCUGAUUAUUGAGAGGUCCUUGACAUUUUCGUUUUGUAAAUUAGAUUAUCAGAUGUUAAAAUGAAAUGACUUUUCAUCUUUUGUGUACACUGGAGUUGGAUAAAGGAAAGUCCAAUGAAGAGCCACUACUCAUGCCAGAUCUGUAACGUUACUUGCGGUGGACACCGUAGUCCCACGGUGCCUAGCGUUUUCCCUGCAUCCUGCUCCACAGAUGCAGUGUGCCACCUCACUGAGUACAGGGACAAGUUCCACCCCCAUGGCACCACUGCCAAACGAAACUCCAAAAAGAUCUGUCCUGAGUAUGAACCUUUGGAGGGGGAAAUGUCAGCAAACAGCACCUUCCAGUCAGACUAUGUUGCUCAUCCAGUACAACAGAGAUCACCCAAACCCAUCAAAGCAUAUACCGCACCAACAGGACCGAUGCUCCUGAAAACCACAUACAUGAAUGACUUCAGAAUGUACCCUGUCCACAAGAACACUGUCCACAAGAACACACAGGUUGAGGAAUACAAGGCACCCACCAGAAAGAUGGAUACCCUGUCUGAAUAUAAUGAUGUAUAUCGUGCCAUGGAACCCCAGCCACAGAAGUCCUACAAGACUAUUGACAACCUUAAAGUGAAUGAGGGGAUACUUGACAUGACCACAACUUCCCAAGUUGCCUACUGCUUAAAGACUGAGCCUAGCACACGUAAGAGCUUCAAACCUGAACAGAAGCUGAAGGAGUCUGCCCUUCCAUUUGAGGGCAAAAGUGUCUAUCGCCAGAUGUACAUCCCACACCCGGUUCAAAGGGAGUCCCGAAAGCCAAAGAUCCCCUACAGACCCAGCAGUGCCCCGUUCCAAGCCAUUUCUACCCAUCAACAAGACUACAAGGGUGACAGAUCCUCAGCUGUUCAGUCCUGCAAAGUCAAGGCCACUUGGGAGCCCAGGUCGACGCCUUUUGAAGGGGAAAGUGAGUUUCAGGAUAAAUUCCAGGCGUGGCCCGUCAGACCUGCCACCAGUGCUCGCAAAGCAGCACAGUACUCCCAACCAGAGGGCGACGUAGAGCUCACAUCCCUGGCUCACAAUGACUUCAGGGGAGCUCCAGGCUGUCCAGCAAUAUCAGCACGACCAAUUAUUAAAGCCUGGAGCAAGGGGAAGCCCUUUGAGGCUCGCUCCACAACACAAGACCAUUUCAGGGCCUGGGAGGGAGCAAAGAGAAGCAAGUCCAUGAAGUCUACACCCACACGUCUACCUUUGUCUUCCUUUGAGGGCACCACCACCUUCCGUGCAGAAUUCACACCAAAGAAAGCAGAGCACAUCACUAGUUUUAAGCCAGUCCAGAGGAUCCUGAGCCAGGGUGCUAUGGAGUCUGAAACAAUCUACCGCAGCACCUUUAAGAAGUAUGAGGUCCACCCUUGCCCUGCAUGUUUGAGUCACCGGUCAGAGGGCCAAGUUUUGUCUUUGGGUAAGAAUGGGUACAUCCGGUGCUAAAAUGUCUCACCAGAAGAAUCCAAGGUCAUCUCUCAUCCAUCAGCUGCCAGUGUUGCUAAAUCCUGCCACCCCAGUCCGAUCUGCUGGUCUGUACAGGCAAAAUAAUUAAUAGAUGCAAUAUGAGAAAAUCCUGUUUAAAUGCCUCAUUGACUUUGUGUGGCUUUGAGACUAUGUUUCUUUCACUGCAAAUAAAUCUAUAUAAAAUGCAGGCAUUGAUUCUGUGCUGUAUUUAAUAGCCUCCAAAAAGAGGUUGCUGUGCUAACAAUUCCAAAUCACUGCUUGUUUAUUAAUACAAUGCUGAUGAUAUUUU